AUGAAACUAGCCAUCUUCAGCGCAAAAUCCUACGAUAAACAAUACUUCGAAACCACCCAUCGCCACAAAUAUCCCUCCCUCUGCGAAACAACCUACCACUCCUUCGCCCUCACCACCGAAACCGUCUCGCUCGCCCAAGGCAGCGACGCAAUCUGCGUCUUCGUCAACGACAUCCUCUCCGCCCCCGUCCUCCAAGCCCUCCACUCCUACGGCAUCCGCGCCAUCCUCCUCCGCUGCGCAGGAUUCAACAACGUCGACCUCCCCGCCGCCGAGAAGCUGGGCUUCUUCGUUGCCAAUGUCCCAUCCUACUCGCCUGAGGCGGUGGCAGAGUUCGCAAUCGCGCUGAUACAAACGCUGAAUCGGAAGACGCACCGCGCGUAUAACCGCGUGCGAGAGGGGAACUUCAACCUCGAGGGAUUCCUGGGUAGUACGCUCUUCGGGAAGACGGUGGGUAUUAUCGGGGUGGGGAGGAUCGGGCUUGCGCUGGCGAGGAUCUUCCACGGGUUUGGGUGUGAGGUGGUAGCGUAUGAUCCGUUCCGGGAUGGGGAGUUUGAGAAGUAUGGUUCGUUUGUCGAGUUGGAUGCGCUGUUACAGAAGAGUCAUAUAGUCAGUUUGCACUGUCCACUGACAGACGGAACACGACAUAUCAUCAACGCGGGUACGCUAUCGAAGAUGAAAAAGGGCGCGAUCCUAGUCAACACUUCGCGCGGGGGGCUGGUGAACACCAAAGCGGCCAUUCACGCACUGAAAACGGGCCAUCUGGGCGGGUUGGCGCUGGAUGUGUACGAGUCUGAGGGGGGAUUGUUUUAUAAUGACCAUUCGGCGGAGAUUAUCCAUGAUGAUCAGUUGAUGCGGUUGAUGACGUUUCCGAAUGUGUUGGUUUGCGGGCAUCAGGCUUUCUUUACGCGGGAGGCGUUGGAUGAGAUUGCGGGUGCUACAUUGGCGAAUUUAGAAGACUUUGUCAUGAAGAGGCCUUGUAAGAAUUCGUUGGUGAGGGAGGGCCAUCUUUUGGUUGAGAAGGAUAUGGAGCCUGUGAGGUUGUGA